AUGGCAUCCAAGUCUAGCAAAUCCAAGAACAAUACACUUCAGCAUUUGAUUGCAGGAGGAGGAGCUGGUUUCGUCGAAAGCAGCAUCUGUCAUCCGCUUGAUACGAUCAAGACGCGAAUGCAGCUACGAAAAAACACCAUCGACACCCAACAGAUUCGUCAUUCCUUAAUGGAGCCAGCCCAUCAGAUUCGACAUUCUCUCAUGGAACCUUCUGGACUACUCCGACAAAGCUUCGCUGGUGGAUCUGGUCUAAGAUCAACUCCGAAUCCUGCCGUGUUGGUCAAUGCCAAUGUCCACGAACCCGCACCGAUCGCCCAAAAUGUCAGCAAGGCUCCGACAAACUAUUCCAAAAUCAUUGAAAAACCCAUCUAUAAUGGUACUGUCAGAGCAUCCCUUGGACCACUUGGGUCGGCGAAACGGAUAGUUCAACGUGAGGGUUUUUUCGCCCUCUACAAGGGAUUGACGGCUGUGUAUGCCGGAAUUGUGCCAAAAAUGGCCAUUCGCUUUGUCACUUUUGAGAAAUACAAGGAAUAUCUUGCAGAUCACACAUCGCUCGGCAGAUCCAAUCAAGCCACCUUUCUCGCUGGCCUUGGGUCCGGCCUGACCGAAGCCAUUAUGGUGGUCACUCCCGCUGAAGUUUGCAAGAUUCGCAUGCAAGGUCAAUAUCACUCCUUGGUCGAUCCAGCCCAAAGAGAACACCGCAAGUACCGUAAUGUGAUUCAGACAGCAAUUCUAAUCGCAAGGGAAGAAGGAAUUGGGGCUCUGUAUAAGGGGCUCUUUCCGACCAUGUUGCGACAAGGAUGCAAUCAAGCAGUCAAUUUCACUGCAUAUAGCUACUUCAAGAAGAAGACGAUGGAACUGCAGCAUACUAGUGAACUUGCUUCGUGGCAAUCCUUGCUGAUUGGAGGCUUUAGUGGUGGUAUGGGACCCCUGGUGAACAAUCCGCUGGAUGUGGUUAAGACGCGUUUGCAGAAACAGGUUGUUCAAGAGGGAAGAGCUCCAAAAUACACUGGGUUGGUGCAGGCAUGCUUUCUGAUAGCCAAGGAAGAGAGUGCCUUCGCUCUUUGGAAAGGCAUCACUCCACGUCUACUUCGAAUCAUGCCUGGACAAGCAAUCACAUUCAUGACCUACGAAGCAAUCUCGUCUAUGAUGAAGAAGCAUGGUGCUUUGUGA